AUGGGAGAUCGAGUACCUUCCGAGUUCCUGGUGGCCAAGAGGUGGGAUUACUGCAGCGAGGCCAUUCUGCGAUCGACCGGCUAUGGCGCCCUCUUUGGCUCACUCUCGCUCUUCCUCUUCGGCAAGCGGUGGAUGCGGCUGGUCGGUAUUGGCGCGAGUGCUGGUGCUGGCUUUGGGCUGGGUGUGUCCGAGUGCCGGGCCUCCUUCAACCGCGCGACCAACUACGACCCCGACCGCAUACUGGUGGUGCCCCACGGCACCAAGGUGCAAGCAGAUGGCACUCCCAGACACUAA